AUGGAGUGUUUUCCAUUAACAGCCCCUUUAGGUCGAAUUGCCUUUAUUAUUUUUAUUGUUCUAACCACAACCACAACUUCAUUUUGCACUCAAGAAUCCGACUCUUUUGUUCAAUGUCUCUUUGAUUAUGGGUCUCUAAAUACACACCCAAUUUCUGAUGUCAUUUACACUCCCAUCAACUCUUCCUAUUCUUCAGUCUUGAAUUUCUCCGUUCAAAAUCUCAGAUUUUUAACUAAAAAAACCCCAAAGCCACUCGCCAUAAUCACUCCCUCACAUGUUUCACACAUUCAAGCAGCGGUCAUUUGUUCCAAAUCCCAUGGCCUUCAAAUUCGAACUCGCAGCGGCGGCCAUGACUUUGAGGGCCUUUCUUACAUCUCCGACGCCCCAUUUAUCGUCGUUGACCUAAUAAAUCUCAGAUCCAUCGCAAUUGACGUUGAAAACGAGAAUGCAUGGGUUCAAUCUGGCGCAACUCUAGGUGAACUCUAUUAUAGAAUUGCUGAGAAAAGCCAAACACUAGCAUUCCCGGCUGGCUCUUGCUCGACGGUAGGCGUCGGCGGGCAUUUGAGUGGCGGUGGAUAUGGGUGGUUGAUAAGGAAAUAUGGACUUGCGGCUGAUCAUGUGAUAGAUGCUUACUUGGUAGAUGCUAAUGGGAAGUUGCAUGAUAGAGAGUCAAUGGGGGAGGAUCUGUUUUGGGCCAUCAGAGGCGGCGGCGGAGGUAGCUUUGGGAUCGUCGUGUCUUGGAAGGUGAAGCUGGUUCGGGUUCCGGCCACGGUUACAGUUUGUGAAGCUAAUAGAACUUUGGAGGAAGAUGUAAUGAAGCUAAUCCAUGAAUGGCAAUAUGUGGCUCCCAAAUUGGAUGCCAAUCUUUUGCUUGGCAUUAGUUUGACUGGUGGGAAGGUAACCGAAGAUGAAGAAGGCAAAAUAAACCCAAUAGCUUCAUUUGUAGCGCAGUUUCUUGGAAAAGCAGAAGAACUUAUGACAAUCUUGAAACCAACUUUCUCUCAAUUGGGUUUAAAAAGAGAAGAUUGCUUAGAAAUAAGUUGGAUUGAAUCAGUUCUAUUGAUGGGUUGGUUUCAAAAAGAAGAUCCAAUUGAAGUUUUGCUCAAUAGAACACGUCUUUAUAGUGAAAUCUCUAAGAUCAAAUCCGACUAUGUUAAGGAACGUAUUCCAAAGGCUUCAAUUAAGGGUAUGUGGGAAAGGUUAAAAUCUCAAGAUGUAGAAUUAGCACAAAUUAUGUUUGUUCCUUAUGGAGGGAGAAUGAGUGAAGUUUAUGAGUGGGAAACUCCUUAUUCACAUAGAGGUGAUUAUAUGUAUCUAAUUGGGUAUAUUGCGAAGUGGAAAAAUGGAACCGUGGAGGCGGAGAAAAGACAUUUGAAUUGGAUACGAGAGAUCUAUGAUUACAUGACUCCUUUUGUAUCAAAUUCACCGAGGGUAGCAUAUGUUAAUUAUAGAGAUCUUGACAUUGGAACGAACAAUAAGUAUGAUAAGACAAGCUACAAGCGUGCUAGGAAUUGGGGGAUGAAAUAUUUUGGGAACAAUUUUGAUAGGUUGGUGUAUAUUAAAACUAAGGUUGAUCCUUCUAAUUUCUUUAAACACGAGCAAAGUAUACCUAUUCUUACUGGCAUCACUGAAGAAUUUUUUAGUGCAUUGUAA